UGGACCUGCCGCUUCUACACCCAGCGAUGUGCUGAAGGAAAUGGACAGAGAAUUUCUGCAGGCUUUGCUCCCAGAUCACGUCUUCCCGGGAAGCCAAAGCGCUCCCCGAGCUCCUGAAGUUCCAGCAGUUCCUAGCUUGGCUUGGGGUUAACCACAGCAAGGUUCAUUUGCACGAGACCCAGCUUGUUUUUUGCUCCUCUGCAUGCGCACGGUCAGGAAAAGUGCAUCUGAAUACUGAAAAGUCUGUUUGGAAACCCGGGAGAGCUCAGGAAAAGCCACGGUGGAGAGUUGUGGUGUUUUGGAUAUAUUUGGCACAAAGUACUGCUGCCUCUGCUCGAGAAAUUCAUAUGGCUUGAAGGGUGGAGCUGGGACCUGGCAAGUUCACCUUCAUGGAUCCCCUAAACCUCUCCUGGUACAACACCGGGGACAGGAACUGGAGCAAGCCGCUCAACGAGUCCAGUGCAGACCAGAAGCCUCAGUAUAACUACUAUGCCGUGCUGCUCACCCUCCUCAUCUUCGUCAUUGUGUUUGGCAACGUGCUGGUCUGCAUGGCUGUGUCCAGGGAGAAAGCCCUGCAGACCACCACCAAUUACCUGAUCGUCAGCCUGGCGGUGGCGGAUCUCCUGGUGGCCACGCUGGUCAUGCCCUGGGUGGUCUAUCUGGAGGUGGUUGGGGAGUGGAGGUUCAGUCGGAUCCACUGUGAUAUCUUCGUCACCCUUGAUGUCAUGAUGUGCACCGCCAGUAUCCUCAACCUCUGUGCCAUCAGCAUUGACAGGUACACUGCCGUAGCGAUGCCAAUGCUGUACAACACCCGCUACAGCUCCAAGCGCCGGGUCACCGUCAUGAUUGCCGUGGUCUGGGUGCUCUCAUUUGCCAUCUCCAGCCCAAUCCUGUUUGGCCUCAACAAGGCAGGUGAGUUGUGCCACCUGCAGCUGGCUGUUGGCAUCUACCUGGCUCUGCGAGGUAGAGUGCUCCUUCCACUCUGGGUGCUCUCAGAUGGAGCAGGGGGAUGUUGGUGCAGGUCCAACAGCGGGGUCAGCGAGCCCGAAACCUUCUGUCUUCCAGAUGAGAGGGAGUGCAUCAUUGCCAAUCCUGCCUUCGUCGUGUAUUCCUCCGUUGUCUCCUUCUACGUCCCCUUCAUCGUCACCCUGCUGGUGUACGUGCAGAUCUACAUGGUGCUCCGCAGGCGCAGGAAGCGCGUCACCACCAAGCGCAGCAGCCACGGCCUGGACUCGGACACGCAUGCGCCGCUGAAGGACAAAUGCACUCAUCCAGAAGACGUGAAGCUCUGCACAGUUAUUGUGAAGUCCAAUGGGAGUUUCCAAGUUAAUAAGCGCAAAGUGGAGGCGGAAAGUCACAUAGAGAUGGAAAUGGAGAUGGUGUCCAGUACCAGUCCCCCUGAGAGAACCAUUGCCAAGGCAGCAGCACCAAGCAACCACCAGCUGGUUGUGCCCGUUGCCUCAAGCCGGUGCACCUUGGACAGCCCUGGGAAAGUAGAGAAGAAUGGACAUGCCAAAGAAAAUCUGCACACAGCCAAGGUCUUUGAGAUCCAGUCCAUGCCUAAUGGCAAGACGAGGAGCACUCUUCUCAAGGCUAUGAACAGGAGGAAACUCUCACAGCAGAAGGAGAAGAAAGCCACCCAGAUGCUAGCCAUUGUACUUGGUGUUUUCAUCAUCUGCUGGCUCCCAUUCUUCAUCACUCACAUCUUGAACAUGCACUGCGAUUGCAACAUCCCCCCAGCAAUGUACAGCGCCUUUACGUGGCUUGGAUAUGUCAACAGUGCUGUCAAUCCAAUUAUUUACACCACCUUCAAUAUUGAAUUUCGCAAGGCUUUCAUGAAGAUCCUCCACUGUUAAAAGUAAAAACAUUAACCACAAUUUUACGAAUGAGAAAAAGAAACCAAUGCCAUUCACGCGCACAAACAGGCAGCCAUGAAGAGAUCUUGAGCUCUUGUGCUGGACAUGAGGAGCGCAGUGCGAUGGAGUGCCGUGCCCACACACCUCUUGGCAGGGACAUCAUGGGGACCUUCAUGCUGAGGUUCUCCCACUCCUUGGGGCGACCUUUGGGCUCCGGGACAUCCAUCCCAGGGGCAUGUCUAAGAGUUACUCUCACACUGUGUUUGAAGUGGAAGCAAAAAUCGAGACACACUCGCUUGAUUCUUGCCUGUGGCCAUCUAACCUUGAGUGCAUUAAACACAGACACUCGCAGAGCCGCGUGCAGGCAGUGAUGAGUCACUGCUGCUGGCUCGUGCAUGGAGUCACCGAUACGAUUCUCACCAAAGACAAGAGCAUCUUUUCUGCUUUGCAAUAGGAGCCAGACAGAGCUUGCAGAAACUCCGUACAAUAUCUUUGCCUUCACCUUCAGCUGACUUACCCAGUAUCAAACUGUUGCAGCUCCGAGGGAAAACACACACACGAAUUUAAGAGGUCCCCGGGUGGGUUAGGAAGUCUCUGCCACCUACAGAUCCAACCCCUGCAACGAGCAGUGGGCAGAAGGAGAAGGGGGAGCAUAAGUCUCAUGCAGGACCACUACAUCAAUGUAAAUACGAGUAAAUAGGAUGAAUUGAACAGAAGCCCAAGCCAAAAAAUAAAAGGAGAGAGAAAUUAAAGAAGUGACACUGUGUACUGCAAAGUAUGCACUCGCACCAAACAAGACACCAACCAUCACUGAUUGUCAGCCAGCCCAGCAGCAAUUUCUACCCACCAGCAUUUCAUUUCCAGACUCUCCCAAGAAGUUAAAGCCAGGUGAGGAGUGGUAGCAUGAUGAAUGUAGAGACAUGAAGACUGUGCCAGGAGAGGCUGUGCAUCUGGGGCCACAUCCAUUUCAGAAGUGAACUUGGACAGGACAAGUUAGGUCCAGUUCUUCCCACCUAACUUUAAGGCACCAUGAAGCCAAGGAUCACCUCAGAUAUGGUUUACCUAUGUUUCUUAACAGAGAGUGUGUAACACGUGCCUACUACAAAUUAAUAGCAAAUGAGAUUGAGACUGUGAAUUUUGGAAAAAAAAGCCAGAAUAAAAGCCCAAGAAUGUCCCUAGCUAGACCUGCUCUGUGUCCAGGUGGGACUCUGGAUGGGUCCGGAUGUUUCCAGCAUCCCUCACCCUCUGCUAUGUUUCAUGGUUUAAAACAAAUGGAAAUCCCUAACAGCAUAAUGUCACCAUGAUGACUCUGGCAUUGCCAAAUCCACUUGAUGCUUAUCAUACUCAGUUCACAAUAUAUUUUGUAAUAUCUCUGUAAAUAAAAUACAGUAAGAUGAAUAAAAUGACAUGGAAACAGGUCUGGCUAAAAACUGAUGUAGGCUCUGGAGAGCUUCAUGAUGACAAUAGCCAUAUGCAGAGGCAGGCUCCCUCAUUCCAAUUACCCACUGUUUCCUGAAGAUGUUAAAGCAAUCCAGAGAGCAAUAUAAUCCCCUUUUUCUCUAUGCAGUUUGUGGAAUAUCCACUCAGUUUCUGCUUUAGAUCAGACAAAGACCGCUGCCAAGCAGCGCUUCUUUUAUUAUGUGUUUCCCUAUAUAGUUAACAAAGUGUUUUCCCAUGGGAUGGGCUGCAUAGGCUGUAUGUGUUCCAGCUGUACAUCAAGGAGAGACUGUGUCAGGUGGCUGUAACACAUGCUCUCAGUCGUCUUCUGAAACCAAGGCAGGAGUCCCACCUUGAUCCGAAGCUUUCCCAUCUAAUCCUCUGUUCCUGGAAGAAGCUGAUAACCAGUGUUAUUAGUAUUUUGCCCAUGGGCUUUUAUAACAUUUGAACAUGGCUCUUCAAGGUCUGGUCACAGCUAUAAAUUUAAAUUACAGAUGCCUGAAUGUGUGACUCAAGAGGUCUCAGGCACAGAAGCUGGAGAAGUUUCAACCAGGUAUGUGCAUGCAGUGAUGGGAAUCAAUUCAGACUGGUCUUAAUUAAAAGAUUCAAAGAAUCAUUGAAUGAGGAAAAAAACAUUGAUAAGCCAAUGCUUAUUUUUCUAUCACAUUUACAAAAGCAGAAAUGUGCCAUUUGACUCUGUGAAUUCCCAGGUGAGGAGCUGAAUCAAAACAGAAAAUAAUAUGCAUGUACACCAAAAAACAAACAAACAAACAAACAAAAACAAAACAAACAAAAAAAACCCAAACAAUUAAAGCAUUUGGAAGUCGCUACAGGUGAUAUUUCCUCCUUACUAACGCUUGGUGUGGGCCCUGAAAAUUACCCAAAUGUGGAUAAAAUAUCAACCUUGUGCCAUAACUUUACCUUCUGUUCAGUGUUAACUCAGGAUGGGACAAAACCACCAUCUGUACUUGCUUUCUGAAUCCAGCUCAACACAUCCAAUUUUAGGUUCAUCUGGUGAUGAACAGCUCUUCCAAAACACCAUGGGGAGAAAGAAGUUCUCAGAAGGAGUCUGUGUUCUUCAUAAAUUUGCUAGUUAGGGUAAAGAAGGAUGGGUAUAUUUUCAUAGAGAUUAUGUAUUUUUUGAAAAAGAAUUACCCACAACCCAUCAUCAUGGGUAGGCCUCAUUGAGGCCUUCCAGUACUCGAAGGGAGUUUACAAGCAGGAAGGGAAUGACUUUUCACAUGGGCUGAUGGUGACAGGACAUGGGACUAUAAAAGAGGGGAGAUCUAGAUUGGAUUAGGAAGCAAUCCUGUUGUCAGAGGGCGGUGAGGCGCUGGCACUGCUGCCCAGAGAGCUGUGGUGCCCCAUCCCUGCAGGCACUCGAGGCCAGGUGGGAUGGGGCCCUGGGCAGCCUGAGCUGGUGGGGGGCAGCCCUGCCCAUGGCCGGGGGUGGCACUGGCUGGGCUUUGUGCUCCCCUCCAACCUGAGCAUUUCUGUGAUGACCAUUAAUCCCAGUGAGGUUUUAAGCCACCUGCUCCUAACACUCUGGACUCAGAGGUGUUCUAUGGGAAUAUCUGUAUCUCCGCUGUCCUUGGGAAGGCAGCAAUGCCAUGUCUGCACAUCUCCUCUGUGGCAGGUUUGCCUUUCCCAAAAGCACCCACUCUUAGCGAACAAGCUAUAGCACUUCCCGUGUACGAACCAAGCCUCCAGAGCUCUGUGAGAAGAUGAGAGCUCAUCACCUGUGGCUUUACACAGAAUGAACAAUUGCUAAGAGCAAGGGCAGCCUGCACUGGCACAGCACCUGGCAUGGCGACAUCCAGCCCUGGGCUGGGCAGCUCCUCACAGCAAUAAGGCAGCUACAGUGCACGGAGCAAUGAGGUCUCUUGACUCAGACCUGGGCACAAUAUUGAACACAAUAUGAGAAAGGUUUCUUUCUCUGCUGCAAGGCGAAAUCUGCUCAGAAACACUUGUUACAACCCUUUGCUGCAGUCCCUAUUUUGUGAUUCAGUAUUUGUGUUUGAAGCUUGAGUUCUGCUUAUGGAGUCUUCCCAUUCCUGCAUUUCCGUGGCUCACGGCCCCAUGCUGUGGUGUAGCAAAGCAGCUGGGGGACCUCCUGCCUGCGCUGAUGCUUCCCUGCCUGCUCCCACUGCAGCUAUGGGUCUGUUGAUCCUCCUGACCAGCUUAUUGAAUCUUGCUGAAAGAAAAAGGAGAACAGAAAAAAAAAACAACAAAAAAAACAAAAAGCCACUACCUCUGUGGUGAACAUCUCCAGUGAAAACACGGCUCCUGGAGAGUCAGGAAUGUACAUUACCUAUCACCAGUACAUGUGACGGCAACAAAUGUCCUCACCCAGCACUGUAAUUAAAGAGAGACUUGCAGAAGCUACUCUGAUGUCAUCUGCUUGUUUCAUUCUUUUACCAGAAGCUGUGACAAAGCUGCUUUGCUGUAAUGGGUCAGUCCGAUUAUAUCAUACACCAUACAGACACAGCAGGAAAGGAUGGGCUGUAGGUGAGACCUUGUAUUUUUUCUGACUUGCUUUGCAAAUCAGUCGCAUUUCUUCUUUCUCCUUUAUCUCAGUUUUUGUCCAGGAAUCCCAACUUUUGUCUAGACAAAGCCUCAGAUGUGGGAAAGAAAGCGUGCACAGAGACCCAGGCAGAAAAAGCUCUUAAAUCUCCCCAUGUCUCUUCUGGUCUAGACAGAGGCAGACAGGGGAGGGAGGGAUGACAAACAGCCGGGCGCAGUCGCACUGGUACUGCUGGCACAGCAGCCGCCUGCACUGACUUCAUGGCUCUGCUCAGCCCAGCCUGCAGCAGCACAGGCUGAAGGCGGUGAUUGAAAGGCCCCGCUCUCACCAGGACACCAUUCAUCUGCCUGGCCUGCAUGAGUCGUGAAAACAGACAAAUGAGCCAAACUCAUCCACCAACCUGCCACCAGUUUGGUGUGCAGCAAUAAACAGUUCUGCGGAAUGAACAGAUUCUCAGUCUCCUCACGAAGAAAACACACACGAGCUGUCAGAGCACUACGGCACUGCAGGCAAUCUGUGUAGGUACAAUAUUUUUAGCACUAUAGCUAUGUAGGAAUGCAAAUGCCUAGAAAACCUAAUUCUGGACUUCACUGCUCUGAGCCCACCCGAGGAGAGAAUUCCCACCACCAGCAGCACUACUGAGGACAAAGGAAGGGCUCACGGGGAGCUUUUCUCCUCCUGCCUUUCUCUUGUCUUAUGCUAGAGACUGCUAGAAUGUGCGAGAGAUGUUCAUUUAGGAACAUUCACACUUGUGCUGUGCUUAUGCCACACUGUUUCCUCGUGCCAGCUGCUGAGAUAUUUGACACUGAUGCAAGAAUCAAUCCAAUAGACGCACACAAACCUCAGCCAGGCUCAGCACAACAGCAAGACCUCAGCCUCAGCCUUGGCUGCCACACCACUGGGGUUCUCUCCAGGAUUAGCUUUCAUUAUACAACAAAACAACCACAAAAAACCCAGCAGCCGUUCCUGCUGCCAGGGUAGAGCUACCACAGGGUAGGGUAGAGCUAACACUGCCAGGGUAGAGCUAACACGGAAUUCCACUUGAUGGCGUUUUGCUCCUUGGCAUGAACCAAAGGCCUCAGUCUACUCAGUCUUGAGUCAAAACAGGGCAAAAAGAUAAUUUCUACAUUGAAGCUUUCAAUUUACAAAGUGAAAAGCAUUUCCAAAGCUAUUAAGUUCAACUCAGACAAUGUCCCCAUUCUAACCCAACGAAGUAAAAGAGAUUCCAGGAAGAAGCAGCAGGACAUAUACACAGCAGAAAAAUGAAUACCAGUUGUACCUGUUAAAUUAACUCAUUCUCUGUAAUCAAGGCUUUAAUAAUUAAAACAGGUCCCUCAA